AUGGAGGAUUCCGGUGCGAUCCUCUGCCAAAUCUCAACCUACAAGGACAUGCUCGACCAGGUGAACGAAGAAAUCGAAGCGAAUAUUCAGAUAACGCGGGAGAUCGAGUCGGAGAUCGUCAAAUGCUCCGAAAUCGAAAGCGCUCUGUCCGCUAAAGAAUCCGACCUCACCAAGACGCUCUACCUUUCGCACUUUGAGCUCACCGGACUACUCACCGUCGCCAAGGAUUUGAGGAACUCGGUUGAGGUUUUGGAGAAGGAAUUGCAUUGUCUAAGAGCAAAUCGCGAUGAGACUCUUCGCAGAAUCCAUGACCAGCGGGAAAGGUUUAUCGCAUUGUGCUUAGAGUUCCAGAAGGACAUCGAGAAUGGUAACGAUAACGAAUUACAAGCUCUUAUGUCGGAAAAAGAGUUCCUCGAAAAUGAAAUUCGCUUAUUGGAAGAGAAGAACAAUGGUCUGAAGAACUCAAUGCUGGCAUUUGUUGAAGGAAUUCUCGAAGAUCUUAAUAGUUGCAACUCCGCUUUACAAGUUGGGAUACGGAGGGGGAACCAGGAGAACGAGAAGCUGCUGAAGGAUAUCGAUAAUAUGACAACUUCAUUGCUUUCGAGUUUCAACUACUGCGAUUGA